AUGAAUAACAAAAGAUUUGGAAGCACAAACACUCAUUGGACUGAACUGCAGCAGCUAGAUGCAGCAAACAAAAUAUCAAGAUGUAUAUUUUACUUAUAUGCUCACAGUAUGUUACACAAAUUAGACACUGUAUGGGAGAAAUUGACUGAUGGUUUAUCUGAAGAAGGAGGAGUGAAAGAAACUUGGAUCAUGCAGAGAAUUUUGGACGAGGAUGAUGUUAGUGGAGCAGACAAGAAUCUUACCAAUUUGUUUGACCGGUUGAGGUUAGAAGAGGACAGGUUGAAUGAAGUUCAGUCAACAAGUAUGACAUAUACACAUUUCAGAACAGUGUCCAUCCUAAAACAUAAAAAUGAGGCAGCUGCAAAAUUGGAAGUAAAUAUGAGCAAAUCAAGUGCUUACACUCCACAACAGAAUGGACGUAUUGAAAGAGGAAUGAGAACCACCGUCGAGGCUGCAGGAACAGUCAUACAUUCUCGAAGCCUAAAUGAAAAUUUGUGGGGUGAAGUAAUAUGCUGUGUUCACAAUUAA